AUGUCCAAUUCGUCAAAUCCUUAUGCGCCUGACGAAUCCUCGUCGACAAUUGUCGACGAGGAGACUUGGCUGCAGGGUGCGCUACUCUCCAACAUUGCAUAUGGCGUCGUGCUUGCGCUCUAUGUGAUGUGCGUCGCAAAACUCGUGCGGCAGCUAAAGCAAUACAACUACAUGCGCCCACUUGGACUGUUUGCAUAUGCGACGGUCAUAUUCAUCAUCAGCACGCUUUUCAUGGGUAGCCAAGUCAAAUUCAUUCAGCUCGCAUUUAUCGAGGACCGCAACUUCCCUGGUGGGCCGAACGCGUAUGUCGAGGACGAAUUCUCGAACCCUACCGACGAGAUUGCCAACGUGUGUUUUGUGGUUGGAAAUUGGAUCAUGGAUGCAUUCCUGAUUUGGCGGUUGGUAGUGAUCUUCAAGAGCUUGGGGCGUAUGUGGGUUAUUCCAUUGGCGACUGGGUUGUCUAUUAUGCUCGCUGCUUCCGUGUCGCUUGGUAUAUCGCUGCUCGUUCAGAUGACCGGCUCCUCGCCAUUCGACUACGUCAAUAUCACGUUGGGUUACUACGUAAUGUCCCUCGCGUUGAACGUUGUCGCGACCUUCUUCAUUGCGGGGCGAUUUCUCGUGUGCCGAGCACGUGCGGCACGACUGGGAUCCGAACAUGCAUCACGCUACACGGGGUUCGCGGCAGUUUUCAUUGAGAGCGCUGCACUCUUCGCUAUCUUCGCCAUUCUGUUCAUCGUACCGUUCGGCAUUGGGAAUAAUCUUGCAAACGUCUUCAUCGAGACGGUCAGCCAAGUUCAGGUAGUUGCAUCGCUGCUGAUAGUGGUCCGCAUCGCCUCAGGCGAAGCAUGGACGGAGCACACUGCUUCGCAGAUGUUCCUCACAGAUCCUGAAUCCGAUCCCGACACCGUUCGCAUGCAAAAAUUGACCAGCCUCCAGUUCAACGCGAUGCAGUCCGCCGUACCUGAGGACGACGACGGCAAAGCGUCCACGCAGGGAGAAAGUACGCAUGGACGUGUUACGAGUGGAGAUAACAUUGUAUGA